UGGUUUGUUCCAUUUCAAUCAUCGAACACCGAAAUUGGGCGUUUUAUUGUAUGUUACAUGCAAACUUAAUUAAAAUAAUUUAAAUUUUGUUAACUAUGGCUUAUUCAGUCAACAUUAUUCGCUUGGACUGAUCUGAACCUACUUUCAAACCUUCUGCCCACAUGUUUUCGGGAAAUUUCCUUCUUUGUUUAUGCUUAAAAUACUCACUAGCUAUCGACUUUUCGUUCGACGAGCUACUAGUUAAUACUUCUAUUUCUCAAGCGACUACAAGAAUCGUACUAGAUUUCUAUGUUAGAGAAUCGUCAACUGUUGUUUUCACAACUGGUUACGUUAAUGAAGCAAAUAGACUGCGGCAAUCCGAUUUAAUCAAUGAAAUAUUGCAACAAUGCAGCAACAGAAUCGUCCUCAAAUUCAGGCUCCAAGAAUUUUGUCAGAUAUCAUCAACGUACCCAGAAGAAUUUAAUGUAAUCUUUAUCGAUAGCUACGAGGGCUUUACUUCAGUAUUUAAGCGAAUGUCACCGAUAGACUUUGACUACACUGGCUUAUUCGCUAUAAUAUUAACGGAAUCAUAUAGGAAUCAAUACACGAUAAUUACAAGAGUUUUGCAAGAUUGCUGGAGUCUGCACAUUGCAAAUGUAAUUGUUCUGGCCCCAAUCGAAGUUAAAACAAGAGCAGCAAUUUACACCUACUUCCCAUACACACUAUAUCACUGUGAAAUGGUUGCACCAGUCAUUUCAAAUUAUUUCGUUCACAAUUCCUUUCAAUACGAAGCUGACUUUUUUCCACAAAAAUUGAAAAACUUGUACAAGUGUCCGUUGCAUGUUGCUACGAGUGAAGAAAUACCUUACAUGUUUUUGAUUCGUCAAGAAGACGGAACUAUCUACACGGAUGGCAUUGAUGGAAUAAUAUUUCGGGUACUGUCUCAACGACUGAAUUUCACUCCAAUAUUGCUUAUACCCAGCGACGAAGAAAUUGAGAGGGAAUCGCCGAGAGAAAUUGGCACUUCGAUUUCCGUUUGGAUGAAAAUGGUGCAUUCCGGCAAAGCAAACCUGACGAUUUCAUCAUUUGCAUACACUAAAGACAGGGCAGAUCUUUUAACAGCAAGUUUUCCAUAUUUUUUUUCGUCUCUUUUGUUUACUGUCCCGAAUGGACGGCCGUACACCGCUUUCGAAAAGCUUUUUCUUCCUUUCAAGUAUAUUAUUUGGUCUUGUAUAGGAACGUCAUUUGGUCUGGGAUUUAUUACAAUUUUUGUCUUGAAAUUUUCGUCUAAAGAUAAACGAGAUUUUUUUAUCGGACAUCGUAAUCGAACUCCAUUCUUGAACAUGUUCAAUAUUUUUUUUGGUGGUUCAAUCCAGCGGCCACCUACAAGAAAUUUCGCUAGAACACUGUUUUGUAUAUGGAUUUUCGCUUGUACAGUAAUAAGGAGUGCCUAUCAAGGCGCAAUAUUCGAUUUGAUAAAAGAAAGAAAAACUGUUCCGGCUGUAGAUACUGUACCGCAGCUGAUUGAGCAUGAUUAUGCCUUAUAUAUGACCGCCAUAACACUAAAUAUGUUCAAAUUCCCACCUGGCCUACGAGAAAAAACACGCACCCAUGAAUUGACAGUAGAACAAAAAUUUCUGAAGUUAAUGGAUAACGAUUUUAAAGGAGCAUAUAUUACUACAGAGGCAUCAGUGGCGUAUUAUAACAAGAAACAUGUUGCAAAUAAUUCUUAUUUUGUCAGAUCAACUAAGGAUCGAGUUCUUCUAAUGCCGAUGUGCAUUUACUUUCGGAAACAUUCGUGUUUAACGGACGCAUUUGACGAACAAAUUAAGCUCUACACCGACAGCGGCUUAAUAAACAAUUGGGUGAGCCAAUUCUCACAAAAAAAGUAUUUGCAGUUUCAAUCAACUUCAAAUCAAAGAUCCCAUCAAAAGCUUAAACUUUCACAAUUUAGUGGAACAUUUGGGCUGUGUUUCGGUAUGAUUUGUGUAACAAUACUAACAUUUUGUUUUGAGUUGUUGUCUCAAAGAUUUCUUGUUAUACGAAAAUUUGUAGAAUUAUUUGAGUAAGAGAAUUCGUAUAUUACAGGCGUUGAAGACCAUCUAUUUGUUAAAUCAGA